AUGGCGGCCUUCCAUGGAACGCCCCAGAGGUGCAGGCUGGUGAUCCCCCAGCAGAAAGGCAUUGGAGGUGUCUGGAGGAGGGGUCCAGACACCCCUGGGUCUCCUGUCACUGCCCUGAGCCCGGUUCCUCUGUGCAAGAAGGGGCUGACCCAGGGCUCCAGUGUCAGCUGGGGUGGAGUGCCCACUGUGGAGGGAUCCCUGGAGGGCUGGUGGCCCCCUGCCAUCCAGACCCAGGAGGCCAAGCCAGGCAAGCCUUCCCUCCAAGGUCUCUGCAUGCAAAGACCACAGCUUCGAGGGGGAGCAGGAGCUGCCUCUGCGGGGCCCCCACCCCACUCCCACAGCCCAGGCCCCCGCUCUGUGUCCUCGAAGGACAAGAGAAGACGUUGCCGGCUUCUGCGGGGCCUGGAGAAGGGGGCCAGCAGGGCGGGGGCCACAGAGCGCUUCCUCAAGAAGGCUGAGGGUCCUUCCCCGAGGGCAGAGAACACUGACGUUGGCCUGCAUGCCACCGGUCAGCCCACGAGCCGAGCUCUCCUCCCAUCCACCGCCCACCUGCUCUGCCAGCCCCCUGGGAUGCUCAUGGCCCAGAUGUCCGUGCAGGCCGGGGUGCUGGAGAGCCAGGCCCAGAUCACAGGACACUUUCUGGGGAAGAAAGACCACACAGGGGUGAGGCACAUGGUUGGGCUUUCUGGAAACUUUGAGGUUCUCAGGACUGUGGGGUCCUUGGCCAUCGGGCCCCAGUACUCAUCCCUGGGCACUCAGCCCAUCCUGUGUGCCAGCAUCCCGGGCCUGGUGCCCAAGCAGCUGCGGUUCUGCCGGAACUACGUGGAGAUCAUGCCCAGCGUGGCGGAGGGCAUCAAGAUAAGCAUUCAGGAGUGCCAGCACCAGUUCCGCGGCCGCCGCUGGAACUGCACCACCGUCAACAACAGCCUGGCCAUCUUCGGCCCCGUGCUGGACAAAGCCACCCGGGAGUCCGCCUUUGUGCAUGCCAUUGCCUCUGCCGGUGUGGCCUUUGCCGUGACACGCUCCUGUGCUGAGGGCUCCGCCACCAUCUGUGGCUGCAGCAGCCGCCACCAGGGCUCCCCGGGUGAGGGCUGGAAGUGGGGCGGCUGCAGCGAGGACAUCGAGUUCGGUGGCAUGGUGUCUCGGGAGUUUGCAGACGCACGGGAGAACCGGCCAGAUGCCCGCUCUGCAAUGAACCGCCACAACAAUGAGGCUGGACGCCAGGCCAUCGCCAGCCACAUGCACCUCAAGUGCAAAUGUCACGGGCUGUCGGGCAGCUGCGAGGUGAAGACCUGCUGGUGGUCGCAGCCCGACUUCCGCGCCAUUGGCGACUUCCUCAAAGACAAGUACGACAGCGCCUCGGAGAUGGUGGUGGAGAAGCACCGCGAGUCGCGCGGGUGGGUGGAGACCCUGCGGCCGCGCUACACCUACUUCAAGGUGCCCACGGACCGCGACCUAGUCUACUACGAGGCCUCGCCCAACUUCUGCGAGCCCAACCCCGAGACCGGCUCAUUCGGUACCCGCGACCGCACCUGCAACGUGAGCUCGCACGGCAUCGACGGCUGCGACCUGCUGUGCUGCGGCCGCGGCCACAACGCGCGCACUGAGCGGCGCCGCGAGAAGUGCCACUGCGUCUUCCACUGGUGUUGCUAUGUGAGCUGCCAGGAGUGCUCGCGUGUCUACGACGUGCACACCUGCAAGUAG